UGAAGUAAACCGGUCCAGUCUUUCAGCCUCUCCACAUCAUGGCACUCAUGGAUUUUCAGACUUUGGCUUUUUCCUCCAACAAUCAUCCAUCCAGCAGACAUGUAACCGUGCAUCUUGAAUGCUGUUUUCGUAUCUACUAGGUCACAAUCUAUUUCUGAUAGUUGUGUUGCAGCGCGAAGGUUACAUCUUUAAACAGUGACGAGGGAAAGUGUUCGAGGUCAUGGGGAAGUUGGAGAGCGUCUGUUGGAUUGUUGUGGAGUUUUCCUGCAGGAUUCUCGGUGUUUCUACAGCAACAGUGCUGUGUGCUGUAGGAGUGGAAACCCUGCAAGUAGGAGAAUUCAGCAGCCUCGGCAUCUACUUACUCGUGUCGUCUGUUGGCAUCAUGUUGUUUGAGCUGGCCUAUUUCCUGGAUACUCUUCUGUUCAUGUGUUUGCCCUGUCCUCCAGACUGGCAGAUCUUUGUGCUGUGGGGGAAGAUGGCUCACGUCGGAGGCUUCCAUAAGUUCCUCUACUACUCCAUAAUGUCAGUGGUCUGUUUCCUGCACCCCGUGCUGGUGUGGCAUGCCGUCAUCCCAGGGACAAUGCUUCUGGUGACGGCCUCUUUCAACUUCAUUCUGAGCAAGAAAGCGAAGAACAGUGUGCCAAAAGCACAGGAGAAUCACAGCGACCAAGUCCCGACCACCGUGUGUGUGACGGAGGGAGCAGCCACAGACGCAACCUCUUUCUCAUUCUUCCACAUGAUGACGGGGAGGAAAGGAGGAGAACCUGCUCCCACGACCAGAGACCGCUGCCUCGGCCCGGCAGAGAGAGAAGAGAGCGCGCAGGCCAUGCUGGAGCUGCAGCAGACGACGGCACCUAAAGACUCAGACAGAGAGAGGAGGAGGUGGAAGGAGAGGGGACUGGCGUGCUUCAGAGGGAGGGAGGAGCCGGUGGAGAGAGAGAUGGAGGAGAUGGACGGAUACUGUGAGCCAGAGGCAGACACCACCUCAGACACUGCGCCUAUGAUUUCUGCCUGAACGUUUCUCGGCUUCUUACCAACGUCACAUAAAGGAAAGUGUGUGUAAUGUCCUCAUACCACUCACUGGUGCUACUUCAGGGUGGACUUAAAGCUGAAAAGACAUUUAUAGAACAUUUAACCAGACAAAUUAAGACUUUUGAUCAUUUUUAAAUGUGUUGAGAAAUAAGGUUCUGUAUCCUUUUAUGUAA